AAGAAUGAGUUCACUCUCCCCCAACUCCAUCCAGCAGGCAGCCGCACACAUCCGCCGCCGCCGCGAGGGUUCCCGGCGGCCACCUCUUCUGCCGACCGGUCAGGAGAUGCCGUCACCUCUGACGGACUUCCCCGGCCACCUACUGGCCGAGAUCUUCCUCCGGCUGCCCGACCCGGGUCACCCGGCUGACCUCGCCCGCGCCUCCGCGGCCUGCGUCACCUUCCGCCGGCUAGCCACCGACGGCUCCUUCCUCCGUGCCUUCCGCGGCCUCCACGCCCCGCUCCACCUCGUGCUCCUCAACCUCGGCGGGUUCCACCCAGCCUUCCCGCCUCACCCCUCCGCGCCCACCGCCCGCGCGCUCGCCCUCGUCGCCGACUUCAAGUUCUCCUUCCUCCCCUCCCACCGCCAAUGGAUCGUGUGGGACGUCCGCGACGGCCGCGUCCUCCUCUCCCGCAAGAUCGCAGAGGACGGGCAGCCCCGAGUCUUCCCGGAGCUCGCGGUGUGCGACCCCUUGCACCGGCGGUAUGUCCUGCUUCCCCCGGUACCUGACGACCUAGCCGCUUCGGUGGAGCACCGGCUCCCCCAUCCUUUCCUCGCUCCCCUCGGCGAGGAGGAGGAGGCGGCGCCAACAGAAGAGACGGCAUUCAGGGUGAUCUGUUUGGCACUUGGCAAAACUAAGCUGGCAGCCUUCGCCUUCUCUUCAAGCACGGGACAAUGGCGAGAUGCUGCGUCCAAGGAUUUGAGUGAUUUGGGCCUUGGCAUGCGUGACUCAGACAUGAUUUCAUGGAUGAACCCUUUUUACCUCAGGCGCCAUUAUGCUUAUGGCUGCUUCUACUGGGAUUUUCUCGUGGUCAAGCGGAAUCUGUUGCUCGUGCUUGACAUCAGGAGGAUGGAGUUCUCCAUUGCAGAACUCCCACCCGGUGGAUGGUAUAGGGAAGGUGUAGCCAUCGUUGAGGCAGGGGAAGGCAGGCUUGGGAUGUUUGGUCUCCGUGGUGAAAACGAAAUUGCAUCUGAUCUCACUUAUGCCGCCAUUGUGCGAAACAGAGAAUCCCUGCCAGGUUCACCUAUAGAGAAGCCACUCCUUGAGUAUUUCACAAUGGACAUCGAGACAUUGCAGCUUCAGAGGGUUUGUGCGAAACGGUUCAAGCUCAGGCUACCCAUGUCAAGCAUAUAUGCCUACUUUUUUCAAACCGGGAUAUAUACCAACUUUCCACCAUCGUUGUUACCUCCACGGACAGUAUGAAGUGAUUCAGUGGAGUCGCCAACAGAUCAGCUUUUCUGAGUUCAGAGUGGUUGCUGUAUCGAUAGCAUGGAGUUGUCACCAGAUGUGAUCCACCUUGCUGACAGGCCAAUGCAUGUCAAUCUACAGAAUUCCACGUGCAUGUCGUCAUAUGUGAAUGUUGUUCUUGUUUUCAUGCUACUUCAAAGUACUUGUUGUAUGUUUACUGUUUGCAUUGUUAGGGGCUUGGGGGUGAGGACAGGGCAGCUCAAUCUCUUCUCAACCCAAAAGUGAUUAUGUGUGUUUGGUUGGGUUCUUGUGGUGUUGAUGUGAGCUGGAGAUUCUUGGGAUCUUGGUCUAGGCUUCUUUCAAUUUUCACCUGGAGAAGAUCACCGUGGAGCAAAACAAAAGGAGCCACAGACAAUGAAAUUAACACGUUCUAACUGUGGGAAAAGCGAGAUUUUUGUUUUCAAGUACAUUUCGAUUCGAUUAGUCUAUCAAUGUAUUCAUGUACAUUGCAGGUCAUAUCCUUCUCUUAAACACAUUUUUAGCCAAAGGCAGCAGCCCAAAACUUGGACUCUGGCACUGUCCACUUCACGCCUUGUACUCCGGCAGCGGCAAGGCAAUAUUUUAUUUCCCUUUUUAAUGAAAUGGCAAGGCAAUGUUUGACCAAAGGAUGUCAAUCGUGUUUUCAGGCCUAAGCGCAGCAAAAAAACAUCGUUGCAACCAGAGCGUAUGCAGAACAGAGGACAGGCCGGCGUGUGCAGAGCACUUCCCCUGAAUGCCCAACCAGGAGAAAUACAAAUGCGACUACUGAAAAUGAAUGGAAGACUCAGUGACAGGAGCAGGUCCCGCGAUUAGCUUGGGCCAAUCUGGUAAGCUCCUCAUACCAUACCGUGCUAUGUAGCCCCUGAUUCCUAGCAAUCAAAUCAGAUACUUAAUUUGGUGAACGAUGCUACAAACGACAGGAAAGGAACAAACUCAGUGAUCACUAUUCCAAAGUGUUACAAAUCAUAUAUAGUACUGUAUAUAGGAAGCAAAUUAAUCCAGUGUUCCACGUUAUUACAUCCA